AUGCUUCAAAUCAAUGAAAUUUUUAAGGCCCUUCAACAGGCAAUGCACGGACGGUGUGCCGCCAAGGAGGACCUGUAUGUAAUAUCUCAGAAUCCAGAAAUAAUAUUAAACUACCCGGUGCUUAAGGAAAAAAUUAACGAAAAUCAAAGUUGCCUGGAUUACUGUGCCGGAACCAUGGACUUGGAGCGGUUGUUCUCUGUAAGUGUGUUCAACCUUUCAGUCAUUAACCAGGUUGUUUCACUCCUAAUUAUUCCUUAUAUCACACCAGUUCCCAUCACUAUCAGAUCUACCGCCAGUGUUCAGAAUUUACUUUGCAUAAUCAGAAUAAAGAUUACUGCGACCCAAAUGUGCCUACCUAAAAGCCCGGUAGAAUGGGAUUUCGGCCCAACAUUCACAUAUUCAUGCGGCAGUUCGACCGUCGGUUUCUACUAG